AGUGUUUCUUUAAAACAAAUAAAGAGUAAAAAUCCACAUAUGCUCUCAAAUUCAGCUUUGGUUGGCAGUUUCUACACCAAGAUUAUCACUAGAUGGUCAUUUAGGAACCAAAAAUCAGAUUCAAGUAUGCAACAUAUGAAGCUAAAGCAAAUUUGAAAAAACAGAUUUUCUUGAUCUUUUAGCCCUUCUAGUACAAAAUUCAGCAUGUAUGGAUCAAAAUAUGAAUGUAAAGUCAUGCUAUGUGCCUUCGAAUGAGUUCCUAUGCAAGUUUUAACAAUCAGGAUUCAUGUUUAGGCACAUAAGCAUUUAAGGAACUCAAAAAUCAGCUUAAACAUCAAGAAAAGAUUGCUAAUUUCUUCUUUAAAAAUGGCACUUUGGAUCAGAUUUUUUCUAAAAUUAGCACUUAAGCUUCAAAAUCAGUAUGAAAACAUUACGAUAUGCUUCAAAAUAUUUCCCCCAAGCAAGAUAUAUCAAUUAUAUUUCAUAUUUGAAGCAAAGGAGGACUCCAAGGAACGAAAAUCAGCAUAUAAGCUAAGUAAAAAAGUGCAGAUUUUUUUAAAAAUUCAGCAAGCAUAGCUUAUGAAAUUCAGCAAGAACAGCAUUCAAAUGAUUCAAUGCUUAUAAAAAUGAGUAUACACGUGUUGCAUACAUCAAAAGUGAAACAACUCAGCACUUAUGUCAUUCAAAUGCAACAAGUAUGAUCAAUAAAAACAAAAAUCAGCAAGUAAAAGUAAUGAAUAUUAGUUUCAAAAGGCAAUUUUUAUGAAAAAUUGGCCAAAAGUCUCACAAAAAUAGCAAAUUGAGCACAAAUUCAGCAAUCCAGUCAAUAAAAAAUAGCUUUCAGUUUGCUAUUGCUAUUGCAUUCGUAACCUCAAAAGCUGCUUUCAAAUAGUGUAGGUUUUUCAAAUAGGCAUUGACAAAUAAGAGCUGUUGAGAAAACAUCACCUAGAUUAUCCAAAAUAAGCAUAUGUGCCCUUUAAAAGUCAAAAAUCAUCAAAUAAGCAUGCUAAAAAAAGUACUCGAUGUUAGCAUUAUGUAUAUAUGUUUAUAUUGUAUUAUCGUAUAUUGGGCCUGUCAUGUUGGGCCCGGAACUCUUGUAUAUAUACUUUGACAUAUCAAUGAAAUAACCAAGCAAUUCAGUUCAUAAAAUUUUACAUGGUAUCGGAGCAUUUUUCUGGGAAGUUACGUCAAACCCUAGAAGUCGUCCGUUUACUGUCGCCGCUGCUCUUCGUCCCGUCACCAUCCGUUCUUCGUCGCCGGGCAGGUCUGUCCCCUUGUCGCCGGUAGUCUGUCUCGCCAUCAUCACUGUUCAGUAGCGCCUCUGUCCAUUAAGUCCAGUCGCUGCCCAGUCCGUCCAGACCGUCGGUGUGCCCAGUCCGUCCAGUCCGUCGCCGGUAUUUCCAGUCUGUCGGUAAUUCCAACCAGUCGCUGCUCUUCCAAUCGUCUGGUAAUUCCAGUCCGUCCAGGUUUCGCCGCCAGUUGCAAUUCCGUUGGUUUGGUUAUUUUUUGGCUAAUUGGAAUUUGAGUAAUUAGUGGGUGUUUGUUGGUUGAAGUGAGUGGUCAAUUUGCUACUGGAUGCUUGAUACGGGAUACUCCUUGUCAUGUAAUUUUUAAUGCUCAUGGUUGUGUAAUACAGGACCGUUCGUCAAAGAUGGUGAUUGGACAGGGUGAACUAAAGAACGGAGUUUAUCACUUUGCUUCCUUUCCUGCGUCGGCCAGUGCUGCUCAAAUUGAUCCGUUUCUCCUUCACCAACGCUUAGUCCCCUUACCCCCACGUACCCGUCGUCUACCUUCUCAUCUGAGUGAUUAUGUCCUUAAUUCCGCAACAGUUGAUACUCUGCUCUCUUCUUCAUCUGGUUCGAUCUUGUCAGGUACUCGGUUCCCCAUUACUAACUAUGUUCAUUAUGAUAAGUUGCAUGACAGGUACAGAGGUUUUCUUGGUGCAAUUGAUGCUUCCCCGGUUCCUAAAAAUUUUAAGGAAGCUGUACAGUAUGCCUCUUGGAGAGCAGGCUAUGGCACAGGAGUUUAAUGCUUUGUUCAUAAAAUUUUACACUCGAAGUGCAAUUUUUUUUUGAAUGGUACCAAAUUCUUCACAAAAUAGCAUAACGGGCACAAUUUUUAGCACGAACGCAAAGAACAAUGCUGAUUUCAUAUUUCUCUCAACUUUUUAGAUUGAAAAACUUUUUGAGCACAUGAUUUGCGUUGCCUUUAUCAACAUGGUAAUCCAAGAAACACCGCCAAGAACCCGAAACAAAAUAGAAAAGAGAACAAACACAAAUCGAACAUUACACGUAUAAUAGGCACGUAGACAAUAUAUUACGUAACUUACGCACUUAAGAAUAGGAAAAACAAUCAAAGGCCGAGUCGAUUCAUUUCCUUAACCACUAUAUGGAGGAUUGUCAACUCUCCACACGGCCCGGAAUCAUGUAAUUCAAUAAUUUCAUAAUGAGACAAAUCAAGAACCACAACUCACCAAUCAAGCAUGAAAACAUACUUCCACUAUAGAAAAAGUUUAUAAAAGAGCGAAUUUUUUUCAUUCUAACUCUCAUGCAUAAUAUAUUCACAAACCGCCAGUACCUUAUGCAUUUUAAUAAACUUUUUCUCCUAAUGAAGAGCACAUUUCACAGAUUUCCAUUAACUUCUCAAACCAAUGACGUUUUUUCUAUUCACAUAGAAGAACAAAACAUAUUUUCAAUAAAUCAAGAAUUGUUUAUUGCACUUAAACAAUCUCAAUUUAAAGAAAAUGGAAAACAAACACAUAACAUAAAAAAAUCACUCUAUAACGAAUUCUAAGGAAAAUGAAUCAACUUAUGGGGCUAAGAAGUCCAAAAUCCUUAAAAUCAACGAAGCACAACAAAGAAACACGUAUGAAUUCGGAGUUCAUUUAACUAUCUUAUGGAGCUAAAAUAGCUUCAACAAAAACCGAAUUCUACAUAAAACCUACUUAUGAAUUUGAAACAAUUAAAUCAAAUCAACACCAACUUGUGCAAUAAUUGUACUCCCUCCGUUCCACAAAACCAUUCCCAUUUUGACUUUGGGCAAAAAUAAGAAAAGUGUAAUUUUGGUUGACUUUCCAAUUUUGCCCUUGAUGUGAUGGGAAAAAGUAAGAUAUGAUAGUUUGGUUAUUAGUGAAAAAGUAUGAUGUGAUAAGUAGGGUAUGAAAAAGUAGGGGUAAAAGUGGUUUUUUAAUAGAAAGUGGAAGUGUUUUGUGGAAACCAAAAAAAACGAAAGGGGAAGGGUUUUGUGGAACGGAGGGAGUAGUAAAUAAGAAAGAAUCGA